UUUCUCCACGGGUUAAUCCUUACUUGAGACUUUUGGAAGACGAAAUACGUUUUCGAUUUACUAUUGACUAGAAAUUAUAGGCAUAAAAACUGUAGACAAAAGUAUUGACAAUUAUUUUAAUGAUUGACUAUAAAACUAAGGAUUUAUUUCACGUGGAAGUUGAAAGUUAACCAUCGAUUACAUAAUGACGACAGUACCAAGAUAUCACACAGAUGUCUGGGUGGCCUUUGUCUUACAUCAGAUGAUCUUUAGAGGCAAUCAAUGAAAAUGUGCUCAGAAUAUUUCGUCAUUUUUACUUGGAUACAAGUACGUAAAGCUGACUGUGAUUUCAUUCAAGUACCUAAAUCUGACUUUGAUUCUGUGAUAAGGCUCGAAGCUGUGUUAAGUCGCUGUCUGUGAAAAGAACAUGGCACUGGGAAUGUAUUCUUUCAAGUUCUGGAAUGUUCCUCCCGUGGGUGCGACCCUGACGUGUGUCUGCCAAUUGUUGUGCCUGCACCUCCUCUCCUGCACCCUCGUGUCUUUCAGUUCCAGCCGUCUGCCCGGAUGUAGCGCCGCCCCUGUCGACGAUCAGACCUACUCAGUCCUGUUUGAAGGGGACAUCAUGCUCACACCAGAAGAAGCAGAAAAAUUUCUGACCCCAACAAGAAGCAGACAUAAAAGAAAAAUUACAGCAGAAGAAGACAAAAGAUGGCCGCUUCCCAUACCCUACAGAUUUAACGACAAUCCAAAAUAUUUUCUCAAUUCAACGGAAAAAGCUGUGAUUGAAUCAGCCAUCAAAGAGUUAAGUUCACUGACGUGUAUCUCAUUUCUAGAGGUCAACUCGUCCCAUCCCAACAAACCGAUUCUAGACUUCCGUAAGGAUGCUGGGUGCUGGUCAUACGUAGGGCGUGAAAAAACUUUCCAAUUUCAAGAACUUUCAACUUCAAAAGGUUGUUUUGAGAAAGGUACACUACUACACGAACUAGGACACGCCAUCGGCUUUUGGCACGAACAGUCACGGCCAGACCGGGAUGGUUACGUCAUAUAUCUAGAAGAAAAUGUCAAGCGUGGAGAAGAAUUUAAUUUUAAACGUGAGAACUGGGGUGAUAUUGAUAACAUCGGCGUCCCUUAUGACGUAGCAUCCAUCAUGCACUACGGAUCCACUUUUUUCUCCCAGAACGGUCAGGUGACCUUACAGACAAGAGAUCCUCUACUACAGAGGAACUUGGGUCAAAGGGAGGCUAUGUCAUUCUUUGAUGUCAAGUUAGCGAACCUGGCUUAUUGUAAAGAUGAAUGUCCGACGGCGACCUUCACCUGCCUCCACGACGGCUACCCUGACCCCAAAGACUGCAGCCGGUGUCGCUGUCCGGAUGGUCUGAGCGGAUCAGUGUGCCAAUACGCCGCUCCUGCUGUUGGUUCAAGCUGUGGCGGGCCUCUGUUUGUGGAGGACGGAGCCAAAUACACCAUCAAGUCUCCGGGCUUUCCGUGGGCUUACAUGGACGGGAUACAGUGUAACUGGCUGCUUCAGACUAAACCAGGUAUGCGCAUCCAUCUGGACGUCAAGCCUGAGAACUUCUUACGUCACCUGGACUGUCCCACGUCCAAUGUUUCAGUCUGCAGCGAUUAUCUGGAGAUAAAAUAUAAUCUAAGCUUCGGAUUUAGUGGCGCCAGGUUUUGCUGCGGUCUACCACCCAAUGACGUCAUCGUCAGCAGCGGUAACUCCAUGUUGGUUUUGUUUCGAACAACUCAGAAUGGGAUAGGUGGCUUCAGUGCUGAGGUGUACGCAGAAGCGUGCGGCGGCUGUUCUGACUCUAACGAGGCCCAGAAACCCUGUCACAUGACCCAGAUUGUCUCGUGCAAGCAGGAGUGGUACAAGAUGGAGUACAUACCCUGCCCAGUCUACAGCCCGCCCACUUACGCCUGUAACAAAUAUUUACCAAGAAAACACUCGCGCUUGAGCACGUGUGAGGUGGAGAAGGAGAGGUGCUGCAAGGGAUUUACGCUCAAGGCUGGCCUGUGUGUCCAUGAUGACGUGGUAGCUACAACAACGGACGUGUCAGAUAGCAACACAACACAACAAACAACGACAAAUCAGGUGACACAGGAGCCGCCAUUGGGCUGGACAUCUUGGUCCAGCUGGUCAACUUGUACCGCGUCAUGUGGCGGAUGUGGCAAGAGAGGGCGCACACGAACCUGUGCCAACAGCUCGCUAUGCAGGGGUCAGACUGUAGAAAGUGAAACCCAGGUGUGUAAUGUCCAGCCGUGUCCAAACAUGCAGGCCUACGCCUGUCCUCAGGUCACUAAAGAAGAAUAUAAUUGUGGCUGGCUCAGGAACUGCACCAGGACAAAAACAGAAAUGAAGGAGUGUGUGACACGAUGUUGUCCUAACUACGAGGACAAAAAUGGCGUCUGUCAGCCCGUAUCAUCCAUACGAAAACGAAGAAGGAGAAAGUAGUUUCAGCCAUCUUGGUCACGAUGUGUUGAAAGUGUGUCGGGGAAUGAUGUGUUGCUGGUGUGUCGGUGAUGUGUUGCUGGUGUGUCGGUGAUGUGUUGCUGGUGUGUCGGUGAUGUGUUGCUGUGUGUCGGUGAUGUGUUGCUGGUGUGUGGGGAGAUGAUGUGUUGCUGGUGUGUCGGUGAUGUGUUGCUGGUGUGUCGGUGAUGUGUUGCUGGUGUGUCGGAACAUGAUGUGUUGGUGGUGUGUCGGUGAUGUGUUGCUGGUGUGUCGGGACAUGAUGUGUUGCUUGUGUGUCGGUGAUGUGUUGCUGGUGUGUCGGUGAUGUGUUGAAAGUGUGUCGGGGAAUGAUGUGUUGCUGGUGUGUCGGUGAUGUGUUGCUGGUGUGUCGGUGAUGUGUUGCUGGUGUGUCGGUGAUGUGUUGCUGGUGUGUGGGGAGAUGAUGUGUUGCUGGUGUGUCGGUGAUGUGUUGCUGGUGUGUCGGUGAUGUGUUGCUGGUGUGUCGGUGAUUUGUUGCUGGUGUGUCGGUGAUGUGUUGCUGGUGUGUCGGGGCAUGAUGUGUUGCUGGUGUGUCGGUGAUUUGUUGCUGGUGUGUCGGUGAUGUGUUGCUGGUGUGUCGGGGCAUGAUGUGUUGCUGGUGUGUCGGUGAUGUGUUGCUGGUGUGUGGGGAGAUGAUGUGUUUCUGGUGUGUCGGUGAUUUGUUGCUGGUGUGUCGAGGCAUGAUGUGUUGGUGGUGUGUCGGUUAUGUGUUGCUGAUGUGUCGGUUAGGUGUUGCUGGUGUGUGGGGGGUGAUGUGUUGCUGGUGUGUCGUGCCAUGAUGUGUUGCUGGUGUGUCGGUGAUGUGUUGCUGGUGUGUCGUGCCAUGAUGUGUUGCUGGUGUGUCGAGGCAUUAUCUGUUGGUGUUUUGUAGCUCCAAGACCACAGCUAACAUGCAGGCUGUCAAGUUUCUAGAAUAUUCUAAGCAGCUCCGAUUUGACCUGGCUUGUAGCAGGUAGAGGCUGCCGAUUUUGUUGUACUUGACGAGAUCAAAGCUCCAUAAAUGGUUGUACUUGAUGACAUCAGAGCUUCAUAAAAAUGAUUGUACUUGAUGACAUCAGCGCUCCAUAAAAUGGUUGUACUUGAUGACAUCAGCGCUCCAUAAAAUGGUUGUACUUGAUGACAUCAGCGCUCCAUAAAAUAGUUGUACUUGAUGACAUCAGAGCUUCAUAAAAAUGGUUGUACUUGAUGACAUCAGCGCUCCAUAAAAUGGUUGUACUUGAUGACAUCAGCGCUCCAUAAAAUGGUUGUACUUGAUGACAUCAGCGCUCCAUAAAAUGGUUGUACUUGAUGACAUCAGAGCUUCAUAAAAAUGGUUGUACUUGAUGACAUCAGCGCUCCAUAAAAUGGUUGUACUUGAUGACAUCAGAGCUCCAUAAAAUGGUUGUACUUGAUGAGAUCAGCGCUCCAUAAAAUGGUUGUACUUGAUUUAUCAGCGCUCCAUAAAACUAAUGUGAUAAUGUCAAGGUCCAUGUUUUGUUGGCCAUAGUAGCGUGUUGUAGUGAAAGCAUAGGACGAAAACUUUAGUUUGUUGAUGUAGAAAAUAAAUAAAAAUGUUGAUCAUACUUGACUAGUGGGUCAAGACUACCAGUAGCUUGACUGGACUUUGUAAAUAUAUUUAGCCUGUAAUUGAUUAGGAUAUUGUGUUGUGCAUGUAGUCUAUUUUAAUUGUAGACAUCAACGUAUAAUGAAGUAGUUUUUUUUUAUAAAUGUUCACCUAGUAACCACUAGCUCGAUUUGUAUGACAUGAUGGCGGAUGGGAGGGGGGGUGUACACAGUAUGUAGGUAUAAAGUAUUAUUUUAUGACGUCAUUCUCUUCUUUUUAUGUCAUGUAAUGGGGAUAAAAUCAAAUCAUUUGGCUUGGACGAUCUCCUUGUCGAAAAAUUGGAUAUUUUAUUUCAGUCAAUAUUGUAAUGUGAAGAUUAUUUACACUAUGACAGUUCACAUUUUUAAUUCAAUCUUGUUAUGUGGAGAUUUUUAUACUGUGACAUUUGGUCUUUUCUUUUCGAUGUUUUCUUUUUACAAUAAAUA